AUAAAAAGGGAAGUUUUCCUAAAAUUCAACUGAAUAGCGCUCCCUGCAGGACAGUUUAGGCGCAUCAUGGAUUCAAGAGACAGACAUUCCAGCCUCAAGAAUUGCAACCCUGCUCCGCCUUUUUAUUUUAAAGGUCCUCAAACAAAACGCAUCGAGCAAAAUUCAGUAUAUGCAUGAUAUCUUGAUGUGAGCAAUAUACACCUUUGUUGUUAUAAUUAGUCAUUUUAUGUUUUUGUUUUUAUACUGUAGCGGUUUUAAUAAUAGACACCAUCACACUUACACCUGCAAUCUCCACUAACGUUACAUUUUUGAAGUGGACAUGUGGCAGUAGUGACCGAUGAAUCGUGCAUCAUUUUGGUUGUAAACACGAAUGACUCAGUGCGACUGCACAAUAUGAAUGUGCCCACCACUACACCCCACUCCCCUCUUUGCCUUUGUAAUGUUGUUGCUCAGUUUCCAGUUACGCAGUGCGCCUGCGCUAUCGGCGUACUGUCUGCCAGCAGCGGUAGCAGCUGUAGUGCGACUUGCUCUCGGCUGCAGCGGAAUCUGGAGCGAGCGGUGUUUUUAUCCUUUUUUAAACAUUUUAUAUCACCCCAAUAGACAUGGUUACAAACGUUUCAGCAUUUCGUUUCAAGGCUGAUCCAAAACGAAAGUAAACAAGUCGGUCCGUGAUGUGCCAUAGCCGGGGAAGAGUUGUUUACUCGAGGUCCAGGUUGAGGCCUACUUGUUAAAGAUCCCCUCCUCCUCAUCACUUGAAUCUUAUCAUCAUGAUGGCUGAGGAUCAACAACAACCUGAUCAACAACACCAGAAGCCGAGCCCGGGGAUAGGGGCUUUGCCAGCCCUCGUUUCGGGGCUGCAAGGGGCCGAGGCUAGUGCUCUGCAGCACAAAAUAAAAAACUCGAUCUGCAAAUCUGUACAAUCAAAAGUGGAGAGCAUAUUGCAAGAUGUUGAGAAGUUUACAGACAUCGAAAAACUCUACCUCUACCUUAAGUUGCCUUCUGGUCCCAACAGUGGCAAUGACAAAAGUGAUCAGAGCUCCAUGUCAUCCAGCCGCACUCAGCAAAUGCAUGCGUUUAACUGGAUCCGAAAUCACCUAGAGGAACACCCAGAAACUUCUCUCCCCAAGCAAGAAGUCUAUGAUGAAUACAAGAGCUAUUGUGACAAUCUCGGCUACCAUCCAUUGAGUGCAGCUGACUUUGGAAAGAUCAUGAAAAAUGUUUUUCCGAACAUGAAGGCUCGUCGUCUGGGCAUGAGAGGCAAAUCCAAGUACUGCUACAGUGGACUGAGGAAGAAGGCGUUUGUCCACAUGCCUUCUUUGCCCAAUCUGGACUUUCAUAAAACCGGAGAUGGGCCUGAAGGGAUGGAGUCCUCGGGGCAGCUGCAGAGUGCAGAGGAGGAGGUCCGGUCAGCUGCCUGCGACCUGGUCUGUGAGUGGGCACAGAAGGUGUUGAGCCGCCAGUUCGAUGCGGUCGAGGACCUGGCACGCUUCCUUCUCAACAGCCAUUACAUUGGUACCAAAUCGAUGGCAGCACUCACUGUAAUGACUGGUGCACCUACAGGUAUGAAGACACCAACGCAGACAUCAGCGUUCAUGCCAACAGCUGAAACCAAUUCGUUCCAGCCCCAAGUAAAGACUCUGCCCUCACCCUCUGUGGAUGCCAAACAGCAGCUGCAGCGCAAGAUUCAGAAGAAGCAGCAGGAGCAGAAACUGCACUCCCCCCUUCCAGGAGAAGCCCAUGGGAGGAGGGUGGAUGGGGGGACGCCAGGGCCAGUCCCCUGCAUUCAUCGUGGGAGCCCUGCACUGCUCUCCCCUCAGCCCACCAUUGGGAUUGUCGUGGCAGCAGUCUCCAGCCCUGUUACGGUACAAAGAAACAGACAGCUGGUGACCUCGCCCAGCCCUGUUGGCACACCUGAAGGCAAAGUCCUUCCUGUAAACUUUCAAGUGGUUGCUCAGCACAUGCAUUCUGUGAAGCAGUCGCCCAAGACACCUCAAAACAUCCCUGCCAGCCCGAUAGAUCGCUCAGCACGGCAUCGCUAUCCGCAAAUACUGCCCAAACCUUGUGCCACCAGCGCCCUCACCCUGCGUUCGCCCACCACUGUCCUCAUCACCAACAGCCCCAUCAAGACUGUUGUGCCUACGCCUCAUGUGAGCUCAGUGAACGUGGUGAAAAUGACAGCAAUAUCCUUGACACCCAGCAACAGCAGCACUGCCCUCAGGCCUGCUUCUGCCGGCAACAAUGGGACAGGGGCAUCAGAGGAGCCAAGGACAGGCCUGCAGAUCAGACAUGGUUCUGUGGUCUCUCUCCAGUCUCCUGUAGCAAGGUCCAACAGUGUGGCAACCACGCCUACCAUUGAGAUCAAAAUGGAGCCUGAAGCCAUAACUGAUGAAAGCCAAUCUCUCAGCACAGAAAGGCUGACUGGGACUCAGGAGGCCUCUGGUGGUCAGGGAGGGGGUUGCCUGAAGCUUAGAGCCAUCAGCGACCCCACCACUCAGGCCAAGGGAUCCCCAGGAGGAGGUGGUGAGACGAGACCUGAAGGGACAAGGACCAAAGGCGAUGCAAAGUCCCUUUUGGACAACACUGUGGUGGCCUCCACUGUAGGCAAUAAUAAUCCAAGCACUUUCUUUAUUGCAAUCUCCAAUCCAAACACCAGCAUGACUUUAUCAUCCAAUGGCAAUGCUGCAAGUUCUCCCAAGGAAAGCUUGGCCGGUUCCAAGAGCCCACGGAAGCGCUCCACAAGUUUGGCGUCUGAAUCCCAGGCCCCACCUAUCAAGAAAGUCUUUACGUCCCAGCAAUCUACCAUCAGUCUGGAAAGUCAAAAAGCGGGCCUCAGCGCUGCAGUGAAGAAAGUUAUAAAAGCAACCCUGCCAGUCAAAACUGACUGUGCACCAGCACCUACUCCUGGAAAAGUUACUGUGAAACUCAAUUCAACAGUCCCAACACGAAUCUUAGCUCAAAUGCCAUCUGACACUCGAGCUGUAUAUUCCAGCGGCUUUCUGACUGUAGUAAAACCUCAGUCUUCACAAGACAUCAGAGUUAAAAGUGACGGAACUCCAUCCAGCAUGGAUACAGAUGCAGGCCCAGAGAUCGGUUCUGAUCAGACAGUAUUGCAGCAUAUCACAGGUAACCCUCCUGUUGUUCCUCUUAACACGGGCAUGCUGGAAAACUCGGGGGUUAACGACUUGCAGAAAUCCAUGUGGGAGUCAGUGCAGCUUGGAGUCCCACAACAGGAUUACACUCCUCAGCUACAGAGCCACAAGCCCCUUCAGGUUCCAGUGGUAGACCAGCAACAAGCACUGAUCCAGGGACAGCCUUCCAAUCAGUUAUCCCUGCAUCCAGAUAUGGUUGAUUUUGUAGCAUCACAGCCGAAUGACAACUAUUUUCCUUUUGAUGAUGAUAUCACACAGGACAGUAUUGUUGAAGAACUAGUAUUAAUGGAAGAGCAAAUGAAUCUGAACAAUAAUUCUUACAGCAAUUGUUUGGGGAUAUCACUGCAGGGUCAGUCGACCGUUCCCCAGGGGGCAAUCAUGUCAUCUCACCUAACCCGCAACCCCUUCUACCACUCGGCCCACAGCAGCAGCACUCCGAUCCACACUCCUACUGCUACCCCAACCCCCACACCUACCCCGACCCCGACACCCACCUCGGAAAUGAUGGGAGGAGGUCAGGGGUUAUCCCGGGAAAGCCCCUGCUCACGAAUGGCCCAGACGACCCCUGUGGACAGCGCUUUAGGGAGCAGCCGACACACCCCCAUUGGCACACCACACUCCAACUGCAGCAGCAGCGUGCCCCCCAGCCCAGUGGAAUGCAGGAACCCCUUUGCUUUCACACCCAUAAACUCCAGCAUAGCCUACCAUGAUGCCAGCAUUGUCUCGAGUAGCCCUGUCAAGCCCAUGCAAAGGCCCAUGGCCACCCACCCAGACAAGGCCAAGCUGGAAUGGAUGAACAACGGGUACAACAGUGUGGUGGGAAACACUGCCAUUUCGAACAAUGGCAUCGGAAUUCUCCCCAGCUAUCAGGAUCUACUGGAUGACCAGUUCAGAAAGCCGCAUGCCUUCGCCAUACCUGGGCAGUCAUAUCAGACACAGACCAGGCACCAUGACGCACACUUUGGCCGCUUGACGCCCAUCUCUCCAGUCCAGCCCCAGGUGGCUUCCAUGUCUAACCUCAGCAAACAGGAAGGUUUUGCAGUUCCUGCUCCCCUGGACAACAAAGGGACAAACACCUCUACAAGCAACAACUUCCGCUGCCGCAGCGUUAGCCCUGCUGUCCAUCGCCAGCGAAACCUAAGUGGCAGCACCGCCUACCCUGUCUCCAAUCUCCCCAGAUCCAGCGUCAACCCUUUCAGCAGCCCUGUGACUCCAGAGGUUCUCAACAUACUCACAAACAGCCAUUCGGAUGGCAGUGCCAACAACAUGGCUCAGAGGAGUCAAUCGGUUCCGUUAAAUGUGAUGAUGCUGACGGCAGUCCCACCCAUGCAGAAACAGGGCAACAACAAGAAGAUCACCAACGUGCUGCUGAGCAAGAUGGACUCGGACAGUGAUGACGCAGUAAGGGGCCUGGGCAUCAAUAACAUGCCCUCCAAUUACACGGCCAGGAUGAAUCUCACACAGAUCCUGGAAACCACUCCCAGCUUCCCUAGUGCCAACCACCAGGUCCACAUCAAUUCCAGUCCUUCGGUAUAUGAAUUCCAGAAGCCAAGUUACCUCGUGAAAAACAGCAGAACUGACCAGAUCAACUUUUCUUCUGGGGAGACCCAAGCACAAUCAGAUAUUGGAGAACAGCAGCAGCAACAGCAGCAACAGCAACAACAACAGCAGCAACUGCUGCAGCAACAGAAUCAACAGCAGCUAGAUUUCAACAGCACCGUUAAGGACUUGUUAGGAGAUGACGGCCUGAACCCCAGCUCGCAGCUUGUGGGCCAGGUGACGUCAGAACUCAACGCCGUGGUAUCAGAUUUUCCCAGCGAUAUCAGGUUGCACUCUGAACUUUCAAGCAGCAUCAACGAUCUGAACACUUUGGACACAAAUCUACUGUUUGACCCGAAUCAGCAGCAGGGACAAUAUGAAGAUUCUACACUGGAGGAACUGAAAAAUGAUCCGCUUUUCCAACAGAUUUGCAGUGAAUCUGUAAACUCGACCGGUUUUGACUGGUUGGAAAGUAAGGACCAGCCUACAGUUGAAAUGUUGGGUUAAUGUUUUUCUUUCUUGUUUUUUUUUUGUAAUUAUUCACGUGAAAGUUGUAUAGCACACUGUAUCAGAAUCUGGACACAUCACAUUUGUCCAGUGAGAAGUGCCAGCCUUAACAGAAACAAUUGCUCCUAAAGUACGUUAUUUAUCAAAAGGUUUGCUGCGCCACAAUAUAUUAAGAACUGCAAAGCAGUUAGAAAAAGUGUAAAUGAUUGCUGUUACCUAUUUCAAUGGAAUGAUAAACUCCUACUAUUUAAACAAAUCUGAUAAAUACACACACCCCUCUAGAAAAUAAACUGUUCAGUUGAAGAUACAGGAUGAACGUUAUUAUCAGGUGUGUAGGCUUAAGCUGUUUUUCAAACUGCUUUCAAGUAAAAAAAAAAAUAAUAAUAAUAACCAAAUUCAAGACAAAUAAUGGGAAUGUGGUCAUUAAUUAGAUUAUAAACAAGUACUGGUUUAUAUAUUUAUCCAGGAAACAAGAGGAAUAGUACCUUCUAUAUUCUUUAUUUUUGGGAACCUUUGAAAUGAGGGACAGAAAGUAGAUUAUAUGUAUUGGAGAGAAUGUUGGUAUCUCUCGGAGUCUUCUGAUUAUGAUUUUGAAAUUGUAAGACCAGCAUUCUAAAUGUAACAUACAAUGCAGCCUUUUAGGAAUUACAAAGUUAUAGGGCAGCUUUUGAAUCCUAGAACAGGAUUUGUUCAGAUCACAUUUUAAGCAGGAGAAGAUAACACAGCCUCUGAACAGUAAGAGGUGUGUGUUUCUUUAUUAUAACCUUUAUCUAAGUCUUCUAUCUCCUUGUAAUGUGGUUUCUGUCUUGUACAGCAGAUUUUUGUAGUAUAGUUCUUGUGCGCAACAGAAACAUCCUGGCAAAAAAUUUAUGCCAAUAUAGGUCUAACACAUUUUUUUUUUAUUUUCUUAAGAUCUGCUUAGUCUGACAUAUUUAAUACAGGACUAAGUGUAUUAAUUAAUAUACCAUACAUUUUAAUGCAAGGAAAGUUGAAACAUUUUCAUUUUAUUAUAAUGCUGGCUGGGAAAAGCUAGAUAGGAGCAAACUAUACCUUUUUUUAAAAAACAAACAAAAAAAGUUAUUUAUUGUCCAUUUUUAGUCAGAAAUUAAAAGUAUUUAAAACAAUACAUUUGACCGAAUUAAGCAAACUGAAUUUCAGGUCUUUGGAUAAGUACUGCCCAAAGGCUCAGUUGAAACUUAGAACUCUUAUUUUCUGUUUGUUUAAAAUGUUAAAGAAAUGAAGUGAUCGAGAUAAGGGGAGGGUGAAUAUAAAACAGAAUAAAAACUCAGAAUAAUGAUGUGGCUUUGUAUGGAACAAUAGGCAUUGCUCUCUGUUUAUAGACUGUGCUGCAUGGCAUUUUAGGAGCUAGCGAUGCAUGUUCAUGUAUAGCAGAGUGUAUAGGCCUGGACAGCUAACUGGAUCUCAGUUAAAUUUUUUAACCUAUCCUUCAGGCAGGUAACAAGCCAGCCCUGCAUUGCACUUAUAUGGAGGCUGGUGCUGAUUUAUUCAGGGGAUUUUAACUCAUUACCUCUGUCUGAAGGUGUGUCUGUCAACUACUGCAUUGUUGCAAAGCUUGACAGCUUUAGCGGAUCCAUUGAAAUAUAUUGUAUAUUUAUUACACAAUUCAUUUUUUUCUGUAUGGCAAUACAUAUUUUCUUUUAGUGAGUCUGUUUUACACCCAUACCAAAGAGAAGCCAUCAUAUUUCGACUUGAUAUCUAACUUGUUUGAAUCCAGGCUUAUCUAGUGCUUGCCCAGUCUACGAGACCGAUUUUAAAGAGAGAUUUUGCUGUGAAAUAUGAAAGUAAAUAUCUAUAAAAUGGUAUUGAAAUAGCAAAACUGUUAAGGAAGCAAUCUUUCGUUUUUUAAAGCUGGAGCGCGUAUCUUUAACUAAAAACAUUGAAAGAUUAAUAAACAGGUCUGUUGAGAAAAUGGAUGUUGCUAGAUAUGAUUGAAUUGGGACAUUAUUUUUAUCAUUCAUUUCGUUACCGAUUUUCAUCAAAUAUGUAGGCAAUAUCUCUACUAAACUGAGACACACUGGCCAUACUAGCUAAUAUGCAACAUUUAAAUUAUACUGAUCAUUUGGAUCUGUAGCAAGUUGAAUAUUCUAACAAAUUAGUUUAUUUUUAACCCAUAGUAUUGUACAGACAAUAAUGUAUGUUCAGUUUCCCGCCCUGUUAUAAAUGUCUUUGUUGUUUAAAGAUGUGUUCUUAAUUUGGAGUUGGAACAAUAGCAUGCUUAUUGAAAAAAGUGUAGUGUACUGAGGUAUUAUAAGACGUUUUGUGUCCCCAGACGUUUGCAGCAGACACUGGAAAAAAAAAAUGGUUUAGUUCAAAGUUCAGCAGGCUUUCUGAGGUUCAUAUUAUUGCACUAAACUUCUAAAGAACCUAAGGUUUGGCACCUCUUUUGGGACAAAUGCAACAGUUAAAGCCUGCAAAAAAUAUUUUUUAUAAAGAACUUCAAUAUGAGAAGUAAAAAAAGAAAAAAAAAGGUAAAAUGUCAUCCAAAAAAUGACAGAUUUGUCUUAUGUAGCAAUGUGCAUUGAUCUCAAUGAGAUCAUUCUUUUACUCAUUCUCUUACACGAGAAUAUACAGCAGGAUUUAAAAACAAAAACAAAGUUUUGCUUCACCAUGUUGAUACGUGAUCACAAGUGUGCAUGUCUAUUGAACGCUAUUGUACAGUAUACUUUGUAACCACUUUCUUUGCUGUAAUGAAGACUGGUGCUCCGUUAACCAGACCGGCUUAGUUAUUCACAUAACAAGUUAUUUACGUUGUUUGAUGUUUACUAAUUCAAGUUAGUACUUGUUGAGUGUGUUCAGUUUUUUUUUUUCAUUUUUGUUUUGUUUUUCUUUGAAGUAUAAUAAUUUUUUUGCAUCUUUUUGUGCGACAAGGUUUUUUCUAUUUUUUUCAAAACUAUUGAAGUAAGCACUGAAUUUUGGACUUUUUAUAAAGAAGGAACUAGUUUCUCUUCUUGGAAUGCACAAGAAGCUAAUCCAGUAGACACAUGUACCCCUCGCUGUAUAUCUUCACUGCACCAGUAUGAUCUCCCUGUACUGACUUUCAUUUAGUGUAGCACAAUAAACUCUUCCUAGUGUUGUUGUUGUUGUUGUUGUUGUUGUUGUUGUUGUACUGCUGGACGUACAGUAGUUUGAUAAUGUUGCAAUAGCAUUUCAGCAAUUUUUUUUUCUUUUUUUAAUUGAAAGUGCUCACAGAUGUUGAAGUUUUCUAAAUGGUUUUAAAAACCAAUAAACUUUUUUUACAA